AUGGCCCGGAUCAGCUUCAUGCAUGUCGCGGCCUGGUCGCAGCACCGGAGCCCAAGCCCUAGCCCCGGAUCGCAGCGUACCUAUGGCCAUCUUCGAUCGCUCUCGGCCUUGCCGCCGACGGCUAUCUCCCGGUCUAGAUCACCAGCAAAGUCACAUUCUUCGUCAAACGUAUCCGAGAUAAUGGUCCCCAGUGUUCACAGUCCCCAACAACAACCGAGGAGGAUGCCGUCACAAAACUCUUUAAUGGUGGACCAAGAUCAUAGUACUCUACCUGACCCUAGAACACGUGCCAUGAGUACCUCAGGAAGCAGCAAUCACCAUCCCGAUUUAGACCAGGAGGUCGCUACAUUAAGUACGAAGCUCAUUAACGCGAUCAACCACCAAACCAACCUCGACGACACGUUAUCGGCGACAAGGCAGGAUUUAGAAGCUGCUCAAGAGCGAGUCCGAGAAUUGGAAGAUGUUGUGGCACGGCAACAGGAAACCUUGUCAGGCGAUGUAUGGAUAAGGCGUAAGAGCGCCGAGGCCGAGAAGGCUAAGCUUCUUGCACGUAUUGUUGAGGAAAAAAGAAUGCGGACUGAAGUGGAGAAGGACAAGAAGAAGAUAGAGCAGGAACUGGAAUUGCUCACAGUCUCCCUAUUCGAGGAAGCGAACAAUAUGGUUAUCACGGCCAAGGAGAAUGCCAAAAAGGAACAAGAUAUCCUUCAUCGGAAAAACGAACAACUCAAAGCGCAAUUAGCCGAUACCGAGAGCCUUUUAAGAUCCCAACAAGAACAACUAAUAGAGCUCAAGAUCGUCAUGGAGCAAAUGACGGCUGAGCGUGAUGACCAUAGUGGUACCGCACCUUCGUCGCCAGGAUUUAGUAGGUUUGACGCAAGAGACGACAUUACCCAAAUAUCUGAGGGAGGCUCGCAUCAUCCCAGUGCCGUCGAGUUAUCGCCCACCUACCCAACAAAUCUCCAUCACCUUAUUCACCCAGUGUUAAGGACCGACCUUCCUGCGUAUGAUGACUUUGUCUCACUCGUACAUGUGUCAAGAAAUGCAUCGAGCAGUCGUACCCCGUCAAUAUCGUAUAGUGGACUCAACCCUCUCUAUGGUUUCACUGGUUCUAGACAUGCUUCGAACCCUUCAAAUUCUUCGACGGCAUCUCUUACCACGUUCGGGACGCCAAGUUCUAACGUUUCUCCGCAAACACCCAACACUCCUGCUUCCAUCAUUAGUGCGGAAUCUGCUCCCUCUACUCUUGCCCUGCCGGCACUGAAAGACACCAAAUUCUACAAGAGAGCUUUGGCUGAGGAUAUUGAACCCACCCUACGCCUUGACAUGGCGCCAGGUCUUUCUUGGCUCGCACGUCGAUCCGUGCUGAAUGCAAUGAUCGAAGGAACUCUUGUUGUAGAACCGGUGCCCACGAAUACUCCUUUCCAAUCUAUUAGCAAGCCUCAGUUCUAUCCUUGCUCCCUCUGCGGUGAGGCGCGUAAGGAUACGCCACAUUUACGAAAUCACCGCUUCCGGACGAGCGAGUCGGACUCGGCUCAGCGAUAUCCUCUCUGCAAGUACUGCCUGGACCGUGUAAGGUCGACUUGCGAUUUUCUCGGUUUCUUGCGCUUGGUCAAGGAUGGACACUGGCGUGCUGAUGAUGCCGAUUCGGAGCGAGGGGCUUGGGAAGAAAGCGUCCGACUGCGAGAUCAAAUGUUCUGGAGCCGCAUUGGCGGUGGCGUUGUUCCCGCGAGCAGCCAUGGGCAUUCUGGUAGCCUCGGUGAAAGAUCCAUUCGGAACAGCGAAGAUGCAAAUAGUACUUCAGUCGAUGAAAGCAGGAUAGAGGUAGCCGUGGGCCCCUCAAUCGAAUUCAGCGAAUCUGAAUCGAUUCGGAAGGAGGGGGCACCUGACUCGGAUGAAAAGCAACCAGAGCAGCCGAAGCAGCUGGAACAGCUGGAGCAGCCGAAACAACUGGAGAAACCAGAGAAGCUGGGACAGCCGGAGCAGCCAGAGCAGCAUGCCGAAAAAUCUGUUGAGCAAAGCGUUGAUGUGGCACCGAACCAGUCAACUCCUGUUCUUGAUCUGGGAGAAUUUCAAACCCCGGAAACUACAACAACCCGAAGACUUUCGCUCGCGAUCCCUGGUGCUUUUGAUCAGGAAGAAGCGACUCAUUAA